UUUCUUCUUCUUUCUUCUUUCAGGUCAAUGGGAAACUACACCUACAACAGCUUCACACUCCAGCUGGAAGGGUUAAAUGUCUCGAAUGAGUCGGUCUACCCCGUCUUUCUCUUCUUCUUUUUCUCCUACCUGUUUAUAAUGAUUACCAAUGUGGGUAUUGUUGUUCUAAUUUUCAAUGACAAGAACCUUCACCAGCCGAUGUAUCUCCUUUUUAGCAACCUGCCAUUUAAUGACAUUAUUGGGAACUCUAUCAUGGUGCCUCGUUUGCUUGUAGACAUUUUGCUGCCUCCGUCUGAACGUCUCAUCAGUUAUUAUGAGUGUGUAGUUCAAGCUUUCACUACACAUAUGUUUGGUACAACUUCUCACACUGUGCUCAUGAUUAUGGCCUUUGACAGAUAUGUGGCCAUCUGUGAUCCUCUGCGCUAUGCUGCCAUAAUGACCAACAAAAUGGUGAUCAAGCUGACAGUUUCUGCCUGGGGAGUGGCCUUGGUUCUGGUCGGGAUUCUUCUCGGUCUGACCAUACGGCUGAACCGAUGCAGGACGAUGAUCAUGAAUCCUUACUGUGACAAUGCCUCUCUGUUUAAACUCUCCUGUGACAGUGUGUUUAUUAAUAAUGUGUACGGCCUCACUUUCACUGUCGUCCUGUUCACAGCUUCUAUAGGCACCAUGGUUCUCACUUACACAAAGAUUACAGUCGUCUGUCUGAGCAGUAAGAACAAGUCUUUGAACAGUAAAGCCUUGAAGACCUGCAGCACUCAUCUGGUUGUGUAUUUGAUCAUGGUGUUCAAUGGAUUGUCUAUCAUUACACUUCAUCGUUUCCCUCAAUACUCGGAUUACAGAAAACUUUGUACCAUUUUGUUUCACAUUAUCCCCGGUAGCCUCAACCCCAUUAUAUAUGGCAUCCAGUCAAAAGAGAUAAAGAAGUUUUUCUCAAAGAAGAUUUUGCCAAAUUACUAA